UUUGGUUUGCAUUCGGUCAAAAUUCAGCAUGAGUAAAUAUUUCUGCAACACGGCAAGCUCAAGGGGCUGAGUAUAAAAGGUCUUUCGUUGAAGAAGAAGAAAAACCAACGAAGAAGAAGAAAACCCGGAAGCGUACGCAAAAGGGAAGCUAGCGCGGAGCCACAUCGACAUGGAGCCCACCACGGAGGUUUUUGUUUGCGGGCCGUUCGCUUCGCGCUUUUCCGCGUGUGUUUUUCCGCAAGGUUCGUCGGUGCGAGAUGUUGUGGAGCGGUUCGUCCAACAAUGGGCGCCGGCGUCGGCGCGGGACUUUUACGUCAGCAGAGACGGCGGCGUGACCGGCCCGGACGAGCGCCUGCGGGGCGGCGCCGUCUAUCGGCUGGCGCCGCGCCUCCCGGGGGGCAAGGGGGGCUUCGGCUCCAUGCUGCGAGCGCUCGGCGCUCAGAUCGAGAAGACGACGAAUCGCGAGGCCUGCCGGGACCUGAGCGGACGUCGCCUGCGAGACGUCAACCACGAGAAAGAGAUGGGCGAGUGGCUGAAGCGGCAAGCGGAUCGCGAGGCCGACAAGGAGCGGCGGCGCGCCGAGCGUCUGCAGAGGAAAAUGGCCGAGCCCAAGCAUCAGUUCAGCGACCCCGCCUACCAGCGCCAGUGUCACAGCCUGGCCGAGCGGCUGGAGGACUCCGUGCUCAAAGGUCUGCAGGCGGCGUCGGGUUCGGGGGCGGCGGCCUCCAAGCGGCCCGGUCCCGCUCGCCGCCGCCGGCCGCCGGUCAAGAAGAAGAAGACGGCAGGGGCGUGUUCUUGGACCGGCUUGGAGGAUAUGAGCUCGGGGGAUGAGGACGACGAAGACGAGGCGGAGGAGGCGGAGCCCGCCACCGGCAAGGGGAUGCCGGCGCCGGCCCCGGGGGAGGAGACGGCGUCCUCGGGGGAGCAGAGGGGCGUGGCGGCCGGCCGCUCAGCCGCCCCGCGGCGCGCGGAAGCCGGCGAGGCGGCCGGCGAGGCGGCCGGCGAGGGGGCGUCGGCCUCCGUCUGAAUGGCGCACGGCAACCCGCAGUGCGAAAGCCGAGCCGGCGAGAUUGCGGCUUUUCGCACUCAUUGAGCACCGUUGUUUUUCAUUUUGUCAUC